AUGGCUUCUCUUCAAUUGCGCGCCCAGCGUGCUGCUCUCCAGAACUUGCGAACUCCUACCACAGCCAGCUGCAGAGCUUCGAGAUUACCUUCCGCUUUGUCCCGUACCUACGCUACCGAGAUCGAGCCUGGAAAGCCAAACACACCCGCCGCCCGACAGAGCAAUGAGACCAAAGUGGGCAGGUCGUUCCAGGGCCAGGUUAUGGGCAGUAUUGGAGCUCGAUUAAGGCGUGAGAAGGAGCAGCGAGCACAGUAUGAGGAGUGGCGCAACUUGACAGAUCCUACAAGGAAUUGGAUGAUGACUUUUGUCUUCCUCUCGGGUGUAGGAAUCUCAUACUGGCUUGGAACUUACUGGCCAAGAGAGCCUGAGCCUCGAUCGACAUUGCCUCUAGGCAAGACUACAGCGCCCAAGCACAACACAAAACUCGAGAAUAUGCAGGCCGCCUGGGCCGACUUCACUAAGAUUGUUGGCCAGGAUAAUGUUAGCACCGCCGAGAACGAUAUCGAACACCACGCUACCUCCAGCUGGUCCUCGCACCAAGCCAGCCCCGAGGACCGACCCUUCUGUGUUGUCUACCCCGCGAGUACCGAGGAGGUAUCCGAGAUCAUGAAGGUGUGCCACAGGCGCAGGAUCCCAGUUACUGGUUACAGUGGUGGUACCAGUCUCGAGGGUCAUUUCACUCCUACCCGCAAGGGCAUUUCUAUCGAUUUCGGCCGUAUGAACAAGAUCAUCAACCUUCACAAGGAGGACCUCGAUGUUGUUGUCCAGCCUGCCAUGGGCUGGGAGGCUCUGAAUGAUCACCUUGGCCAGCAGGGUCUCUUCUUCCCUCCUGACCCAGGCCCAGGUGCUAUGAUUGGAGGCAUGAUUGGUACUGGAUGCAGCGGUACUAACGCCUACCGCUACGGUACCAUGCGCGAGUGGGUUCUAAGCUUGACUGUUGUCCUCGCCGACGGCACAGUUAUCAAGACCAGGCAACGACCUCGCAAGAGCUCCGCUGGCUACGAUCUUACCAAACUCUUCAUCGGCUCUGAGGGCACCCUCGGUCUCGUGACUGAGGCCACUCUUAAGGUCACAGUCAAGCCCGAAUCCACCAGUGUCGCUGUCUGCAGUUUCCCUUCGAUUCGUCACGCUGCAAACUGCGUGAGCAAGGUUGUCGGCCAGGGUAUUCCUGUUGCAGCUGUCGAGAUCCUCGAUGACAACCAGAUGAAGUGUAUCAACGACGCGGGUAUGACAACAAAAGCUUGGGCUGAGGCGGCAACACUCUUCUUCAAAUUUGCUGGCACUCCCGCUGGCGUAAAGGAGCAGAUUGCUCAGGUACAAGGCCUUGCCAAGAAGACUGGUAGCAAGACCUUCGAGUUCGCCAAGAGCCAGGAGGAGCAGGAUGAGCUUUGGAGUGCGCGAAAGGAGGCUCUUUGGAGCACCAUGGCUGUCAAGAAGCCCGACGACCACGUCUGGACUGGUGAUGUGGCUGUGCCUAUGAGCAAGCUGCCAGAUCUGAUUGAGACAACCAAGGAGGACAUGGCAAAGAGCGGCCUGUUUGCCUCUAUUGUGGGACAUGUUGGUGAUGGCAACUUCCACACUAUCCUCUUGUAUAACGACUCCGAGCGACCAAAGGCCGAGGCCGUGGUGCACCGCAUGGUCAAGAAGGCUGUUGAGAUGGAGGGUACAGUGACGGGCGAGCACGGUGUUGGUCUUGUCAAGCGGGACUACCUCUCCCACGAGCUUGGCGAGACCACAGUCGACGCUAUGCGACAGAUCAAGAAGGCUUACGACCCCUUAUGUCUGCUUAACUGCGACAAGGUCGUUCGUGUGCAAAGGCCCAAGAAGGGAGAAGUUGCAGAGUGGUAG